GAACACACGCAGUGCACAACACAAUAAGCUGCUUCUUUCUUCUUCGUCAUCGUCUUCUUCGAAUUCCAACCAUGGCUACUUCGUUGUUCCGGAGCAUUCGGAGAGCUUCCUCUCUUCUCAGAUUCUCGUACUCAACUACCUCCUUUUCGGUUUCUCCCAGGUCAGUUGUGAGGUCCCGGAUAUCGGUUUUCUUGCCGUUUAGGCAAUGCAAUUCAGUUGGGAAGCCGAGUUUGUGGUGGGGUUUCAGAGAGUUGAGCUAUGGCACUGUGAACUUGGUUAUAUCGGAAGGGAAGACCAAGUUUGAGGCUCGCGAGGUUGAGCCGCCAAGGAAGGAUAAAUAUAAGACUAAGAAGAAGCUGAAGAUGCAGAGGAAGAGGGAGAAGGAGAAGAGGAAAGCUGCAAAUAGGAGAGACCCUCGUUGGCUUGGUGUCAAGGGGAAGAAGAAGCAGAAGUUUGCCAAUGCAGAAGAGAGAAUCAAGUGCAAGCUUGAGAAAGCCAGAAUUAAGGAAUCAAUGCUCAUUGAAAGACUCAAAAGAUAUGAUGUUCCUAAAGCUCAGGGUCCUGUUGCCAAACCUGAUGGUUUGACGGGGGAGGAACGAUUUUAUUUGAAGAAGAUGGCUCAGAAGAGUUCUAAUUACCUACAAGUUGGCCGAAGAGGAUUAUUUGGAGGGGUUAUUCUUAAUAUGCAUAUGCAUUGGAAGAAACAUGAGACUGUUAAGGUCAUAUGCAAGCCUUGUAAACCUGGCCAAGCACAUGAGUAUGCACAAGAACUUGCUAGAUUGAGUGGUGGUAUUCCAAUCCACUUCAUUGGAGAUGACACUAUAAUAUUUUAUCGCGGAAAGAACUAUGAACAGCCCGAGGUUAUGUCACCAAUAGAUACAUUAUCCAAGAAAAAGGCACUCGAAAAAUCCAAGUAUGAGCAAUCUCUUGAAUCAGUUAGGCGCUUCAUCGCUAUCGCUGAGAAAGAACUAGAGCUAUAUUACAGGCACAUCGCACUCUACGGCAAUCCGAACGACCGUAAUCCCUUAUCAGUUCUUGAUGGCCCAAGUGGAGACUCCAUCAGAAAAGGGUACCAUAGGAUUCAUAAACAAAGUAACCCUGAGUUGAUUAAUGAUCUUGCUGAUUCCAAAGAAAUGGGGCUAUCAGAAUCUGAAGAUAAUAACAAUGAAGAUGAAAACUUGUCAAUGGAUGAAUCAGAUUCUGAAGAGCACAGGAUGCUAUAUACUAGUGACGAUGAUAAAGAAAGUGACGAAUGUUUUACUAAUUUGAAAGAUGCAAGUGCAAGCUCAAGAGCUGGUUCAUCACCAUCAAUGUCUAAACAUACCUACCAUUAUAGUAAUUGUAAUAAUCAAUGUUUAUUAUCCAAAGAAAUGCCAUGCACUAGAGAUUAGAGAUAAAUUUAUACUAUGCCUUAUGUUGUAUAUAUAUGGCAAUGAAUGUUGGGUUUUAAAUGAC